GGCCUGCCAAACAAGGACGAGAGUCGCGGUGGUUGGACUCCUCGGGGAGGAGCAAGAAGACGAGCCGUCGCCCGUCGGAGGCAGCCGGAGGAAUCGUCCCGUCGUCCGGCGUCCCCCCCUGUAUCCCCCUCCCCUCGCACGGCGAUCGGAUCCAGCGCACGGGUGGGGAAGCAGGCGGCGCCGCUCUCCCCCACGCACCCGAAGUGCGGCGGCGGAGCAGGAACCUCACUUCUUGGUGGCGGUUGAAUCUGAAAUUUCCAAACUCGGAAGGCUAGUAGGCAAUGGCCGUGGCACUAGAGGCAGGGAGGAGGAAGCGAGCGGCGGUGGUAGUUCUGGGAGACAUUGGGCGCAGCCCGCGCAUGCAGUACCACUCCCUCUCCCUCGCCAACCAGGCUGGUAUGGAAGUGGACAUUGUUGCAAAUGGAGGAAGUGACCCGCAUCUAUUAUUGAGAGAAAAUCCAUCAAUUCACAUCCAUGAAAUGAAAUCAGUGCAGUUAACAGGAAUAUUAAAGAUAUCCGGUGCCCUGACACUGCUACUUAAAGCUGCCAUCCAGUUUAUCAUAUUGAUUUGGUACCUUUGUUUCAAGAUUCCUCGCCCUGAUGUCUUCAUUGUUCAGAAUCCACCCUCUGUUCCAACAUUGGCUGCUGUAAAACUGGCUAGCUGGCUAAGAGGUGCUAAGUUUAUUGUGGACUGGCAUAACUUUGGAUAUACACUGCUUGGGUUGUCUCAUGGCAGAAGCCAUAUCAUUGUUAAAAUCUACUUCUGGUUCGAGAAGCAUUUUGGACGGAUGGCUGAUGGUGCCUUCUGUGUUACAAAAGCAAUGAAACACGAGCUUGAUCAAAAAUGGGGAAUCAACGCAACAGUUCUUUACGAUCAAUCUCCUGAAUUUUUCCAUCCUGCUUCAUUGACAGAGAAACAUGAGUUGUUUAGCAGGUUGGGGAAUUCCAUUUGUAGUGCUAUGGGCAAUGACGAUUGCAUUUCUGUUGAGAAAGAAGUGGAAGACAGGAACACUACUGUAUUUACAAGCUGGGUCGAUGGUGAAAUUUUCUUGAAGCCUAAUAGACCAGCUCUUGUUGUCAGCAGCACAAGCUGGACACCAGAUGAAGAUUUCAGCAUACUUCUGGAAGCAGCACUUAUGUACGAUAGACGUGUUGCUGCAACUUUAGGAGAAGAUGAUUCAAUGGACGAGGGAAAGCUUUGGAUUGAUAUCAAGAACGGGAAGCAAUUUGUCUACCCAAGACUGCUAUUCAUUAUCACUGGCAAAGGACCUGAUAGGAUGAAGUAUGAGGAGCAAAUAAAGAGGUUGAAACUGAGGCGUGUUGCCUUCCGGACUAUGUGGCUUGCAUCAGAGGACUACCCUCUUUUGCUUGGAUCGGCUGAUCUAGGUGUAUCAUUGCAUACUUCCUCUUCAGGGCUAGACCUACCUAUGAAGGUGGUUGAUAUGUUCGGUUGUGGAUUACCAGUUUGUGCUGCUUCAUUCUCCUGCAUUGAUGAGCUUGUAAAAAUAAAUAAUAAUGGACUUCUUUUUUCAACAUCUUCUGAGCUUGCCGAUGAACUUAUGAUGCUCUUUAAGGGGUUUCCGGAAGAAUGCGAUGACUUGAAAUCCCUCAAGGUUGGUGCCUUGAAUACUGGGUCAUCUUCCAAAUGGUCGACAGAAUGGGAACGUUAUGCACUCCCCUUGGUGAACCAGGUCAUAGGUUGAAAUGCAUGAUAACAUUCGACAGGUAGGCAAAUCAUGUAUUUGUUACAGCUUGCUUGAACAUCUGUUCAUUCCAGAGAUUAUAGGCGCACUGUGCACUUGAGUGAGCAUAUGGCAUAUGUACAUUUGAAGGUUGGGGAGAGACCAUAUCAUAUUUUUGUUUGCUUACACCAAGGCAGGAUGUAUGACAACUAGAACUGACCCUUUAGUUUGAUAUAGGACCUGACUCGAAUCUCCUUUGAUAUUUUAUUUGGUAAGCAAAAGGGAAACCCUUUUUUGUAAUAGAAGUUGACAACACGUUUUGUAAACAGACAUGUACAUGUACUGAAGUACGGUCGUACAAAAAAGAAACGCUAGUCUCCUCUCUCAAGAAAAGAAAAAAAAAUCCAGGAAAUUGUUCUUGUUGCCUCUUUACUGCCACCGGGGGUGUCUAUAUCUCCAGAUCCAACACAAUGUCUGGGGAAUGAAUUCAAGGAUGUAAAACAUCAGAUUCUAUAUAUGUUAGCCUGCAAGAACCGCUACAAUAUACUAUUCUCAUUUUCUGUCA